GAACGGAGCUCAAGUGCAGCAGCCUGGAGCUGGGGCUUUGUGUGCCCAGCGCCUGCCACAGGGCUGUGGCGAUGGCCAGGUGCUGGCUCGUGGUCCUGGCAGUGUCCCCGCUGCUUGCAGCCCUCAGCACCGAAGGAGGAGAAGCCUGCGACUGCAACGGGAUGUCCAGACAGUGCAUCUUUGACUGGCACCUACUGAUGGAGACGGGGAACGGGUACCGCUGCCUCGGCUGCUUGGGCAACACUGAGGGCCCCCGCUGUGAGCGCUGCAAGGAGGGAUACUUCCGCCAGCGCGACGGGGACUGCUGCCUGCCCUGCCGCUGCCACCCCCAGGGCUCCCUCAGCCCCCAGUGCAGCAGUGACGGCCGCUGCAGCUGCAAACCUGGCGUGAUGGGCGAGAAGUGCGACCGCUGCCAGCCGGGCUUCCACUCCUUCUCCGAGGCCGGGUGCCAGAGACACGGGCAGAGCCUGCAGUGUGCCUGUGACCCAGCCGGCAGCACGGGGGAGUGCAUCUCGGGCCGCUGCGUCUGCAAGGGCGGCACCACUGGUGAGCGCUGCGACAGGUGCAAACAAAACUUCUAUAACUUGGAUGCCAGAAACCCAGCAGGAUGCUCACCAUGUUUCUGCUACGGACACUCAUCCUCAUGUGUCAGUGCAGAGAAUUACAGCAUCCACAGGAUCACCUCCAGCUUCCAGCAAGGUGCAGAAGGCUGGACAGGGGUCCGUGAGAAUGGGUCCCCAACUGAGCUCCAGUGGUCUCCACGCCACCAGGACGUGUUCAUAGCGGCGAGGACAUGGGAAGCGCUCUACUUUGUGGCACCUGCCAAAUUCCUUGGGAACCAGCAGCUGAGCUACGGCCAGGUGCUCUCCUUUGAUUACCGUCUGGACCGAGGGGGACAGCAACCCUCCCCGCACGACGUGGUCCUGGAAGGAGCUGGCCUGCGAGUCACUGCCCCCUUCUUGCCUCCUGGGAAGAUCCUGCCCUGUGGCGUCAGCCAGACGUACACCUUCAGGUUGGAUGAGCACCCCAGCAGCAAGUGGAGCCCCAGGCUGAACUACUUUGAAUAUCGCAGGCUGCUGGGGAACCUGACGGCCCUCUGGAUCCGAGCCACCUUUGGGGAGUACAGCACCGGCUACAUCGACAACAUCACCCUGGUGUCAGCACAGCCUGCCGCCGGCAUCCUCGCACCCUGGGUGGAGCGGUGCCAGUGUCCCGAUGGGUACCAGGGCCAGUUCUGUGAGAGCUGUGCUGCUGGCUACCGGAGAGAUGCUCCCAGCAUGGGGCCGUUCAGCAUCUGUGUGCCCUGCAAUUGCCAAGGGGGAGGAAUUUGUGACGCGGACACUGGCGAAUGCUACUCGGGAGAUGAAAACGUGGGCAACAGCAUCAGCUGCCCGUUUGGCUUCUACCGAGACCCCCGGCCCCCGCACGGCUGCAGGGCAUGUCCCUGCAACAACGGCCAGGGCUGCUCGGCAGUGCUGGGCAGAGAAGAAGUCGUCUGUGACCACUGCCCUCCUGGAGCCACCGGGCCCAACUGCGAGUACUGCGCUGAUGGCUAUUUUGGAGACCCCGCAGCCUCCCGGCCGUGCCAGCCCUGCCAGUGCAACGGCAACGUGGAGCCCAACGCCGUGGGGAACUGCAACCGCCAGACGGGCGAGUGCCUCAAGUGCAUCUACAACACAGCCGGCUUCUACUGCGACCGCUGCAAGGAUGGCUUCUUCGGGAACCCCCUGGCCCCCAACCCUGCCGACAAGUGCCGGGCCUGCAACUGCAACUUGGGGGGGGCCGAGCCCCUGACAUGCCGGAGUGAUGGGAGCUGCAUCUGCAAGCCUGGCUUUGAGGGCCCUGACUGCGAGCAGAGCGAGUGCCCAGCCUGCUAUAGCCAGGUGAAAGCCCAGGUGGACCUGUACCUGCAGCAGCUGCAGGAGCUGGAGCUGCUUUUCUCAGAGGCACAAGCUGGCGGUGGGGUCAUGGAUGAGGAGCUGGAGAGGAAGAUGCAGCUGGCUGAGGAGACAUUGCAGGCCAUCCUUGGAGAAGCUCUCAGCCUGCAAGCCUCCGACAGAUCUCUGGAAAGCCGUGUAACCAGGAUGAAGGGACAAGGGUCCAGUUGCCAGAGCCAGCUGGAUGACACCAAGGCGACGGUGGAGAGGCUGAGGUCUCUCAGCAGGCAGUACGAGAGGCAGGUGCAGGACACCAGGCAGCUGCUGGAGAGAGCCAGGCUGGACCUGGACCGAAGUGGAUCCACCCUAGGUCGAGUGACUAUUGCAGUUUCACACUUCCCUGGAGGCUCAAACAAGUUCUUGAUCCUGGCCCAAGAGGCUCUGAGGUUAGCCAACAGCCACAUGCAAGCAGCAAACAACAUCGAGCAAGCCACGAAGGCGGCGCAGGAUGACUCGCAGCAGGCACUGGAGCUGGUGCGCAUGGCUGUGAGUGGGGAGGCAGCAGUCUCUGGUUCCCUGCAAGGGCUGCUCCAGAAGUACGAGGAGCUGAAGUCACUGGCUGGAGGCCUGGAGUCCAAGGCUGACAGGACAGCCUCUGAGGCAGACAAGGCUUAUCAGAGCAGCCUGAUGCUCCUCAGCUCCCUGUCCCGCCUGAUGAAGACCAAUUUUGGGUCCUUUGAGGGGGAGGCAACCCAGCUGAAGAAGGAUGCAAAUGCUCUCCUGAGCAUGGUGGACAUGUACACGGCACAGUACAGGCAGCUGCAGAGCCGCACGGGCCUCUGGGAAGAAGAAAUCAAGCAGCUGCUGCAGAGAGGAGAAGGCGAGAGAGCAAUGCUGACCCAGCUGCUGUCCCGAGCCAACCUUGCCAGGAGCACAGCCCUGCAAGCAAUGAGUGCCGGCAACGCCACCUUUUAUGAAGUGGAGCAGAUCCUGAAGAGCCUGCGGGAGUUUAACCUGCAAGCAGAUGACAAGAGAAGGGAAGCUGAAGAUGCUAUGAGAAGGCUUCCAAUUAUCAGCAGCAUGGUAGCAAGCGCCAGGGAGAAAACAGACCGAGCCGAAACCAUCCUAGGCAAUGCUGCUUCCGAAUCCAAAGCAGCCAGCAGCAUAGCAGGAGAAGCGAAGGAAAUCACCAUGGGGAUCCAGCAGGAGCUCACACGGCUGAAGUUGGAGGCCAACAAAACGGCUGACGGGGUCCUCGCCCUGGAGAAGGCAGUGGCAGCCCUGCAGCACGAGGCCAAAGAAGUGGAUGGAGAAUUCAAGGGCAAGAUCUCAGAGGUUGAGGCGGAUACCGCUGUGAUACGGGAGACAGCUCAGGAAGCUCAAAGUGUCCAUUACGAGGCUGACCAGGCAGAGGUGGCCGUGCAGGAGACACUAAGUGCCCUGGAGGAGCUGCUGCAUCUGAUGAACCAGCCUGGUGCUGUGGAUGAAGAAGGCCUGAAGCAGCUUGAGCUGAAUUUUGGUAAAGCCAAAACCAAAACCAACCGGCUGAAGAAACAGAUGUCAGAGCUGGAGCAAAGAGCCACGCUGCAGAAGGUCCGGGUACAGAAACUGGACAGGAGCAUUGAUGAGAUCCUAGCAGAUAUUAAGAACCUGGAGGACAUCCAGAGAAGUCUUCCUCCUGGCUGCUACAACACAAAAGCCAUCGAAUUACCUUGAGCCAGUUCCAGGAAGGCUGCAGCCUGAGUCAGGCUGAAGGUGGGAGAGCCCUGCCCAGCUGCUCUCCCCAGUCCUGGCAGGAUCAGCUGCAUUGGACUUGUGUCAAACUAAACUUUACAUUUGAGUUUAGCAUAGCAGCUGAAGUUCACGUUGUCACGCAGGCCCAGGAGAGUCCCUGAUUUUCAAAAUGAUCCGUCCCUCAAUUUCAGGAGGAAGGAGACACCUGCUUGCAUGAAGGUGCUGCUGACUGAGGAGCCCAUUCCUUCUGCAGUUCUCUGAGGUGCAGGGGGGGUUGCUUGGUGCCAACCUGGGGAGUUUGCACAGUCAUGUUCUGAGCCUGAAGCUCAGGGCUGAGAGGUUCUCCAACCCCUUUGGAUCCCCUCUCCUGGUCUGGUACACACAGAAGGACUGAAGUCCCUUUCCUUGCUUUUCACACUGCCGCCACCGCCUUGUGCUCUCUGUGGGGCUUUCCUCACCUUCUGGAGCUCAGCAGGCAGGGACUGAGCAGCGUGAAGUGGAAGCAGGGAUGAGUUUUGAGCCACGGCACUGGUGAUGCUUCUCAUGGCUCUCUCCUCCCAGCUUGCCUGGUCCUGGCCUUGCUGGAAAUGGUUCUGGUGUGCUUUUUUGGUGUGGCUUAGAGAUUCAGCAUCAGAUGCUACUGAUGACCCCUUUUGUAAAGCUGCAGGUCUUCCACCAUGCAUUGCAGGCAGGUGGAAGAGAGAGGAAAGAAAAUGAUGCCAGUUGGCUUGGAGCUCCGGCUGAUGUGCUAGGUGGAGGAAGAAGGGGAUCCUGUACUAGCAGGUCGGUGGAGGAGGGGAUUGCUGGGGCUUCUCAAGUGGAAAGUCUUUCCUCUGCUCCACCUGUCCCCUUCAGCAAAGAGGAAAGGACACCCUUUCUUUUUGGGUCCCAAAGCCCUUGAGGAAUGGGUUUUUGUCAAAGCUCUUUCUGGGCAAACAUGGGUCUCCUUAGCAGCCCAUCACACACACAUGCACGCAAGCACAACUUUCCCUUCUGAGACCGGUCAGUUUGGUACCAGGCAGCUCCCUGGAUGUGCCCAGGAAAAGCAAAGUUGUUUCCCCUCUGCAUAGGCACUCAGGACCUGAGGCACUUGUCCCAGGAACAGGAGCUUUCUCUGGGGGAAUCACAGCCAAAAACGCUGGCAUCUGAGAGCCCAGUCCCAUCCUUGCUGCAGUGCCAGCGCUUUAAUUUGAUCUGUUUUAGAGUAUUGAAAAUGGCUUGAAUGUUUCUCCACCUCUGGUUUGGUGCUGCCCGAUCCCUCCCCUUCCUCAAGUGUGGUGCGGGAUGUUUCGCAAAGGGCGCUAGACCUGAGUAAUUGUGCACAGGUUGCUUCUGCCACAAGUCUUUUCUGAGCAGAGCGUGGAGGAACAGAAGCCUGCAAUCCUCCCUUCAGCCACCUGCUGCUUUCCUGCGGGCCCACCUCCCUUCUGACUCCAUUUCCAGCUUCCUUUAGAGGCCAUUUGGGGGAGCUCUCAGGUGCUGGUCAGCCCUGCUGAAGCCCCCUGAGCCGCAUGGUGGUGAAAAGAGGCUCUGGACAGAGGAGGACAUUCUGGGGGACUCACCCACCCUGUUAUCUCUGAUUCUCUGGUAAAGCAGUGCCUGUGCUUUUGCUUGAUAAAGGUAUACUGAGUAAUUGUCUGUGUUGUAUUUGUAUUUAAGCAAUAUUCUUGCCUUUGGCAUGUUUUCCUUCUCCCAUUGUACAGCAUAGGACAGGUAUUAC